UAAAGCUGUGGCGGAGUAAUCCUCUAAAUGCCCAGUAGUGGUGGGCAAGGGGGCGGUGCAGAAGAAAAGAGGAGGAAGGUAGAUUUGUGGCAUUUGCGUGAGGGAAAAGUUUGCAAGUCUGGACAGAAAAGUGCUCUAGAGAGACUGGCUUUGGGGGCAGGGGUAGGGGGUGGAGAAAAGAAUUGCUGCUGCUGCUCUUUUCUUCCUCUUCACUGUAAAAAAGCUUUCUCCACACCCAAACCGACAUGCAUAAUUGGCGAACCCUCGCUGUACUUCUCUGGCUCUAGCUUUCCUCCAAUAACCCCUCAAGAUUAUGUCAAUUGGUCAGAGCCAGUCAGGGAUUUCCUGUGGGUGCUGAAGGAGCUGCGGCAGCAUGAGAAUGAAACGGAGUGGAGUCGGCCAGGCUGCAGGCUUGUUCUUAUUGGCUCUGAGUCUUUGGGGGUACCCAGCAGAAGCUGCGGCUUGCUAUGGGUGUUCUCCAGGAUCAAAGUGUUACUGUAGUGCUGUAAAAGGAGAAAAGGGGGAGAGAGGAUUUCCAGGUUUGGAAGGCCAUCCAGGUUUGCCUGGAUUUCCAGGUCCAGAAGGGCCUCCAGGGCCUCAAGGACAAAAGGGUGAUGAUGGAAUUCCAGGCCCACCAGGACCAAAAGGAAUCAGAGGUCCUCCUGGACUUCCUGGAUUUCCAGGGACACCAGGUCUUCCAGGAAUGCCAGGCCAUGAUGGGGCACCUGGACCUCAAGGUACCCCUGGAUGCAAUGGAACCAAGGGAGAACGUGGAUUUCCAGGCAGUCCCGGUUUUCCUGGUUUACAGGGUCCUCCAGGACCUCCUGGGAUUCCAGGUAUGAAGGGAGAACCAGGUAGUAUAAUAAUAUCAUCACUGCCAGGACCAAAGGGUAAUCCAGGAUAUCCAGGUCCUCCUGGAGUACAAGGCCCAGCUGGUCCUGUUGGUAUACCAGGUCCAUUUGGUCCUCCAGGACCACCAGGUUUGAUGGGCCCUCCUGGUCCACCAGGACAUCUAGGACCAAAGGGGAAUACGGGCUUAAAUUUCCAAGGACCCAAGGGUGAAAAGGGUGAGCAAGGUCUUCGGGGCCCUCCCGGGCCACCUGGCCAGAUAAGUGAGCAGAAAAGACCAAUUGAUACAGAGUUUCAGAAAGGAGAUCAGGGACUUCCUGGUGACCGAGGGCCUCCUGGACCUCCAGGGGUGCAUGGUGCUCCAGGUCCUUCAGGUGGUAUGAAAGGGGAGAAGGGUGAGCAAGGAGAUCCUGGCAAAAGAGGUAAAUCAGGCAAAAAUGGAGAGAAUGGCCAACCAGGAAUUCCAGGUCUGCCUGGUGAUCCUGGUUACCCUGGUCGACCAGGAAGAGUUGGAGAAAAGGGCCAAAAAGGUGACAUUGGCCCACCUGGCCCACCUGGACUUGUAAUUCAUAGGCCAGGGAUUGGUGUAACUAUAGGAGAAAAAGGAAACAUGGGGUUGCCUGGCUUGCCUGGAGAAAAAGGAGAGCGAGGAAUUCCUGGAAUACAGGGUCCACCUGGCCUUCCUGGACCUCCAGGGAUUGCACUUAUGGGUCCUCCUGGCCCCCCUGGCUUUCCUGGAGAAAGAGGACAGAAAGGAGAUGAAGGUCCACCUGGAAUUUCCUUUCCUGGAUCUCCUGGACUAGGUGGAAACCCUGGGGCUCCUGGCCUUCCAGGGCUUCCUGGCCCUCCAGGUCCUCACAUCCCUCCUAGAGAUGAGAUAUGUGAACCAGGUACCCCAGGCCCUCCAGGAUCUCCAGGUGACAGAGGACUCCAAGGAGAACAAGGAGUGAAAGGUGACAAAGGUGACACCUGCUUCAACUGUAUUGGAACUGGUAUUUCAGGGCCCCCAGGUCAACCUGGUUUGUCAGGUCUUCCAGGUCCCCCAGGAUCUCUUGGUUUUCCUGGACAGAAAGGUGAAAAAGGACACACUGGUGCAGCUGGUCCCAAAGGACUAAGAGGCAUACCAGGAUCUCCAGGUGCUCCAGGCUUUCCUGGACCUAAAGGAGAACCUGGUGACAUCCUCACUUUUCCAGGAAUGAAGGGUGACAAAGGACAGCUGGGUUUCCCUGGACCUCCAGGUCUCCCUGGUUUACCUGGUACCCCUGGACAAGAUGGAUUGCCAGGGCUACCUGGCCCCAAAGGAGAACCCGGUGGAAUCGCUUUUAAGGGUGAAAAAGGUCCCCCUGGGAACCCAGGUUUGCCGGGUCUCCCAGGGAAUAGGGGGCCUAUGGGCCCUCUUGGUAUUGGCCCUCCAGGCCCAGCAGGUGAAAAAGGCAUACAAGGUAUGGCAGGAAAUUCAGGCCAGCCAGGAAUACCAGGUCCUAAAGGUGAUCGAGGUCAGACCAUAACCCAGCCAGGAAAGCCUGGCCUGCCUGGUAUGCCAGGCAGGGAUGGUGAAGUUGGUCCUCCAGGUGACCCCGGACUCUCAGGCCAACCAGGUUUGCCAGGAAUACCAGGUAGCAAAGGAGAACCAGGUAUACCUGGAAUAGGGCUUCCUGGACCACCUGGUCCCAAAGGUUUUUCUGGAAUUCCAGGACCUCCAGGAGCACCCGGUACACCUGGAAGAAUGGGUCUAGAAGGCCCUUCUGGUCCACCAGGCUUUCGAGGACCAAAGGGAGAACCAGGAUUUGGGCUACCUGGGUCACCAGGGCCUCCAGGACUUCCAGGUUUCAAAGGAACACUUGGUCCAAAAGGAGAUCAUGGUUUCCCAGGACCUCCAGGUCCUCUAGGACACACCGGAUUGGAUGGGCUACCUGGACUAAAAGGUGACAUUGGACCAAAUGGACAACCUGGACCAAUGGGACCUCCUGGGCUACCAGGAAUAGGUGUUCAGGGAGCACCAGGGCCACCAGGGAUUCCUGGACCAGCAGGCCCACCUGGCUUGCAUGGAAUACCAGGAGAGAAGGGGGAUCCUGGCCCUCCUGGGUUUGAUGUUCCAGGACCCCCUGGUGAGAGAGGCAAUCCGGGGAUCCCUGGAGCACCUGGCCAUAUGGGACCCCCAGGAUUGCCAGGGCCUCCAGGAAAAGUAGGUGUCUCUGGAUUACCAGGUACCAAAGGUGAAAUGGGUGUGAUGGGACCUCCAGGGCCACCAGGACCUUUGGGAAUUCCUGGCAGAAGUGGCGUUCCUGGUCUCAAAGGUGAUGAUGGCUUGCAGGGUCAGCCAGGGCCUCCUGGUCCUACAGGAGAAAAAGGUAGUAAAGGAGAACCUGGACUUCCUGGCCCUCCUGGGCCAAUGGAUCCAGAGCUGCUGGGCUCAAAAGGAGAAAAGGGGGACCCUGGUUUACCAGGUAUUCCUGGAGUGCCUGGGCCAAAAGGUUACCAGGGUUUGCCUGGAGACCCAGGGCAGCCUGGACUGAGUGGGAAACCUGGAUUACCAGGACUACCAGGUCCCCAGGGUAAUCCUGGUCUUCCUGGGAAGCCAGGACUUACAGGACUCCCUGGACUUAAAGGAAACACAGGCAGUAUGGGUUUUCCAGGGCCUCAGGGUGUGAAAGGGUCCCCUGGUACUCCUGGAGUUCCUGGACAACCUGGAUUCCCAGGAUUACCUGGACAGAAAGGAGAAAAAGGCGAUCCUGGUGUUUCAGGCAUUGGUCUUCCAGGUCUUCUUGGCCCAAAGGGUGAACCUGGUCUGCCUGGAUAUCCAGGGAACCCUGGUGUCAAAGGUUCUAUAGGAGAUACUGGUUUGCCUGGAUUACCAGGGACCCCUGGAGCAAAAGGACAACCAGGUCUUCCUGGAUUUCCUGGAACCCCUGGCCUUCCUGGACCAAAAGGCAUUACUGGUCCUCCUGGGAACCCUGGACUUCCAGGAGAAUCUGGUCCUGUAGGUAGCAGAGGUCAUCCUGGGCCACCAGGACACCCAGGUGACAAAGGAAAACCAGGUCAAGAUGGUAUUCCUGGACCAGCUGGACAGAAGGGUGAACCAGGUCAACCAGGCUUUGGAAUCCCAGGAACCCCUGGACACCCAGGACUUUCUGGUCAAAAGGGUGAUGGAGGAUUACCUGGCAUUCCAGGUAACCCUGGCCUUCCAGGUCCAAAGGGUGAAACAGCCUUUCCUGGUUUCCCUGGUGUGAAGGGUCCCCCUGGCCCUCCUGGUUCUCCAGGUCCAGCUCUACAAGGCCCUAAAGGGAACCCUGGGCCCCAGGGUCCUUCUGGGAGACCAGGUCUACCAGGUCCAGAAGGUCCCUGGGGUCUCCCUGGAAAUGGACGUAUUAAAGGAGAGAAAGGAAACCCAGGUCAACCUGGGCAACCUGGUUUGCCUGGUUUGAAAGGAGAUCAAGGACCACCAGGAUACCAGGGUAAUCCUGGCCGGCCAGGUCUCAAUGGAAUGAAAGGAGAUCCUGGUCUCCAUGGUGGUCCAGGAUUUCCAGGCAUGAAAGGACCCAGUGGACUACUUGGUUCACCUGGCCCUGAGGGAGAUCCAGGAUUUAUUGGGCCUCCAGGUACCUCUGGAUUACCUGGUCCUUCAGGUCAGAAUAUUGUAAUCAAAGGAGAUGCUGGUCCACCAGGGGUCCCAGGCCAGCCUGGAUUUAAAGGUCUACCAGGACUACCAGGACCUCAUGGACUACCAGGUCCACUUGGUCCUUCAGGAGAUCCUGGACGCAUUAGACUCCCUGGCUUUGAUGGUGCAGAAGGGCAUAAAGGAGACCCAGGUCUGCCAGGCCAGCCAGGUACCCGUGGUUUAGAUGGUCCCCCUGGGCCAGAUGGAUUGCAAGGUCCCCCAGGACCCCCUGGAACUUCUUCUGUUGCUCAUGGAUUCCUCAUCACACGUCACAGCCAGACAACAGAUGCACCACAGUGCCCACAGGGAACUGUCCAGAUUUAUGAAGGCUUUUCUCUCUUAUAUGUACAAGGAAAUAAAAGAGCACACGGUCAAGACUUGGGGACGGCUGGCAGCUGCCUUCAUCAUUUCAGUACCAUGCCUUUCAUGUUCUGCAACAUCAACAAUGUUUGUAACUUUGCUUCAAGAAAUGACUAUUCUUACUGGCUCUCCACUCCAGAGUCCAUGCCUAUGAACAUGGAGCCCCUGAAGGGCCAGAGCAUUCAGCCAUUCAUUAGUCGAUGUGCAGUGUGUGAAGCUCCAGCUGUGGUGAUUGCAGUUCACAGUCAGACCAUCCAGAUUCCCCAUUGUCCACAGGGAUGGGAUUCUCUCUGGAUUGGUUAUUCCUUCAUGAUGCACACAAGUGCUGGGGCAGAGGGUUCAGGUCAAGCCCUGGCCUCCCCUGGUUCUUGCUUGGAAGAGUUUCGUUCUGCGCCCUUCAUUGAAUGCCAUGGGUGGGGUACCUGCAACUACUAUGCCAAUUCAUACAGCUUUUGGCUGACAACUGUAGAUGUAUCAGACAUGUUCAGCAAACCUCAGUCAGAAACGCUAAAGACAGGCGACUUGAUGACACGUAUUAGCCGAUGUCAAGUGUGCAUGAAGAGGACAUAAUAUUUUGAGGAAUUUCUUGUGUGCUUUUCAAUGGGACAUAUAUAUAAAAUUCCCAGAAUGCAAUGUCUUAUUCUCCCCAACUUGACCACUGCUGUCACCAAUGGUGCUACUGUAUAUGACCAAGAGAGCUUGCUGACCAGUAACCAUGAAGACUCAGAUGUACCUCAGCAAUGUGCCAGAACAAGGUUGCUAUUAUUUUUUCUAAAAAAGAAAUGAGGAAAUUAAUUUACUUUUUUGGUACAGAAUGACUUUCUCUAAGGAUUAUGAGAUGAAGAUUAUAUAUUUCACCCAGUGAAUAAAAUGGCACAUUAAAAACUCAGUUAAGAGAAGAAUCACACUGAGUAAAAUAAAAGACUGCAGUUUUAGGGAAAAAUUAUUUUUCAUGGUGCUACUAAUCCUACUGUAUCCUAAGUUUUUAAUAUAAAAGUGUUAAGCUUAUUUUGAUCUGUAAGUGAAGAAUGUGUAUGUUAUGCAAACUGCCUUUUAGUUCAAAAUAUUGAGUCAUUUAGAUGUGACUAGACAUGAGUCACCCUUUACAAAAAAAUGUAGAAAAUCCUUGAGUACAGAGAGCAGGAUUAUAUAUCCAUGUUUAUCAAAGUGAGAGAAUUUAUAAUGCAUCAAGUUACUACUGAGAGCACAUUUAUUUUGAGUUUUAUCCCCUAAGUUCUUAUUUGCCUUUUUAAAAUAUAGGUAAUUUUUAGUCACUUUAUCAUAAUAUUAAAUGUUUAUUUUACAUACCAAAUUAUAAUAUCUACUCGAGCAUUUUCCCCUUUGCUAUAUUCUCCAAGACACUGAAUACUAAAUGUCCCCCAUUUUAAUGUUUCUUAUAUCUUAUUUUUACUCAUCCAUGACUAGGCAAAGUUGUCCCAGAUAAUUUUCAGGAGCAAAAAUAUACACAAAAUGAUCAUUCUUUUCCCAAUACUUCCUAAGUAAGAACUAUUCUUUUGUGGUCUGUACCCAUACAAGAACUGAGAAGACAGUCUUGUCUCUUCAAUUACAAAGCCAACUGAUGUUCCUUACUCUUUUUCACUCUAAACAUUUUAUUAUAGUCAUAAAAUACUGAAUUUCUCUAGUUGUAUUCUUCUGAUUUAAUGUUUUUAACUCACCAAUAUCAAUUUAAUUAAAGAUACCAUAUGUUUAAGGA